AUGGCUCUCUCCAACUUAAAACCUAAUCGAUCAACUCUUUCUUCCGCACUUAUUAAAAUCUACAUUACUUUCGUCUUCCUACAAUACCAUGUGAAUUCACAAUAUUCACCAUCACCAUCGCACCAACCGAAAAAUACCGUUUCUUUCACCAUAUUAGAAUUCGAGAAAGAAAAUCCAGACAUAUUUCUCAGGGGAGAUGCCUCAAUCUCUGGUGGCAUUUUAAGACUGACAAAAACCGACCAGUCCGGUGAACCAAUCCAAAAGAGUGUUGGUAGAGCAACACAUCUCACACCAAUUCACAUUUGGGAUAAAACUAGUGGAAAACUAGCAGAUUUCUCCACUCGUUUCUUCUUUUUCGUGAACACAAAUGGUUCAGAACUCCACGGAGAUGGAUUUGCUUUCUAUAUCGGACCACUUCAUUUUGAAGUACCAAAAAAUUCAAGUGGCGGCUAUCUUGGUCUUUUCGACCCAGAAACUGCAUUCGAUCCUUCUAAAAAUCCUAUAAUAGCUAUUGAGUUUGAUAGUUUUACAAAUGGGUGGGAUCCUGCUUCACCAUCUCAAUAUCCUCACAUUGGAAUUGAUGUUGGUUCUAUUGAUUCAGUUGCAACUGUGGACUGGCCUGUUGAUUUUUUGCCAAGAAAUGCUUUAGGAGAAGCUAACAUAAACUAUAACUCCGAGUCUAAAAGAUUGAGUGUGUUUGUCAAUUACCCUGGGAGUGGGAGGAAAGCAACUGGUGUCUCAUUUGUUGUUGAUUUGAGGAGUGUUCUGCCUGAAUGGGUUAGAGUUGGUUUCUCUGCUGCUACCGGAGAGUUGGUUGAAAUACAUGAUAUAAUUAAUUGGUCUUUUGAAUCAUCUUUGUAA